AGAACAACGAGGAUUCAGAGACGUCCAACUGGAUUGCGCAGCACACCAAGGAGUGCCCCAAGUGCAACGUGACCAUCGAGAAGGACGGCGGAUGCAAUCACAUGGUGUGCAAGAAUCCCUCUUGCCGUUAUGACUUUUGCUGGGUGUGCCUCGGCUCCUGGGAGCCGCAUGGGUCGUCCUGGUACAGCUGCAAUCGCUUCGACGAGGAGGAGGGCAAGCAGGCCAGGCAGGCGCAGGAGCGCUACCGUUCCUCGAUGGCGCGCUACCUGCACUACUACAAUCGUUACAUGAACCACAUGAUGAGCAUGCGCAUGGAGCACAAGCUGUACGCCAACGUACAGGCCAAGAUGAACGACAUGCAGGAGAACAUGAGCUGGAUCGAGGUGCAGUUCCUCAAGGAGGCCGUCGACGUCCUCUGCCAGUGUCGGGCAACGCUUAUGUACAGCUACGUGUUUGCCUUCUAUCUGCGCAACAACAACCAGAAGAUCAUCUUCGAGGACAACCAGCGCGACAUGGAAAUGGCCACAGAGAAGAUAUCCGAGUGCCUGGAGCGCGAAAUCACUGUUCAGAAUCUGUGUGAGGUGAAGCAGAAGGUUCUGGAUCUGUCGCACUAUUGUCGCAAACGRCGYACCGUUCUCCUUGUCCAUGUGCGCGAGGGCUACGAGAAGGACUGGUGGGACUUCAUAGAAUAGAACUGUCUGUAAUCCCAUUAGCUAAGCUCCAAGAUGGUUAGCCGCAAUACAUCGCUCACUUUGAAUGGCACCACACAAAGAAUCCAGCAUUUCUCUGAAGACUUAAUAUUUAAUUGCCUUUGGUU